AUCGAACACAAGAAGAGAUGCACACAGCUUGAGGUUAUUUGUUAUUCUUUAAGUUACAAAAAUUAAAAUAAUUUACGGACGGUUGUGCAUCCUACUACAAGACGCUUGAAUAAAAUAUUCUUAAAGCUCCUUGGUGAGUGAUAUCCAAGCGAGCAAUGCCAAAGUAUUAUUGUGAUUACUGUGACACGUACCUGACGCACGACUCACCGAGUGUACGCAAGACCCAUUGUCAGGGUCGUAAACACAAGGACAAUGUCAAGUAUUUCUAUCAGAAAUGGAUGGAAGAACAGGCACAAAAUCUUAUUGAUGCAACGACAGCAGCAUUCAAAGCAGGAAAAAUUGCAUCUAACCCAUUUGCAGCAAAUAAGGGAGCAGCAAUACCACCACCACCAAAUCUUGGACCCAGACCUGGAGUACCACCCCAGGGUCCACCAGGUAUGAUGCCACCUCCAGGAAUGCAUCCUGGAGGGCCAAUGGGUCCAGGAGGCCCUAUGAUGAUGGGACCUCAUGGACCAAUGCCUCCAAUGAUGGGUAUGAGACCACCAAUGAUGGGCCCUAUGGGACCCAUGGGACCAAUGAUGGGUCCUAUGGGACCUAUGGGUCCAAUGAGGCCACCUAUGAAUGGACCACCACCACCUAUGGGAGGACCACAACCGAUGAAGGCAUAAUGAAACUACAUAUUCCUCUUGACAUUCUAAUUUUCAUACAAGUGAAUUGUCGAUCGUACGUAUAUUGAAGUUCGACAUAGUGUGUGUACAUAUGGUUGUAAUAGUUCAAACAUACACUUUGAAGAUGUUGAAAGAUACGGCAAAUUUUAAAAUCUCUUAAGGGUUGAGUAAAUUGAAACAAGAUUAAAUGUAACUUGUAUAUGAGUUUUGUACUGAAUUUCAUACAGUCUUCUCAAUAAAAGAUGUUUCUUAUUGUUAGCAGAAACACCAGUACAACUAUAUCCUAAACAUUAAUUUAUAAGUAAUAAAUGUUUCAUUUCAUUUGAAAAGAA